AUGGUGGAUUAUAAGAAAAGAGCAGAACGUCGGAGAGAGUAUUACGAAAAGAUAAAAAAGGAUCCAGCCCAAUUCCUGCAGGUCCAUGGGCGCGCCUGCAAGGUGCACUUAGAUUCCGCAGUGGCUCUUGCAGCGGAAAGUCCAGUGAAUAUGAUGCCUUGGCAGGGGGAUACCAACAACAUGAUUGACCGGUUCGAUGUACGGGCCCACCUGGAUUACAUCCCCAUGUAUACUCCGCCCCUGCUGAAUCCAAUCUCCCCCGAGCAGGAGUCUGACGAAAGGAAAUGCAACUAUGAAAGAUACAGAGGACUUGUGCAGAACGAUUUCGCUGGCAUCUCGGAAGAGCAGUGCCUGUAUCAGAUCUACAUCGACGAGCUGUAUGGAGGACUCCAGAAGCCCAAUGAGGAUGAGAAAAAGAAGUGA